AUGGCUGAGCCCAAGCUAGCAUCCUUCAAAUACGAUCCAUUCCCACUAGGCUCAAUCCAAGCGUCCGGCUGGCUCAAGGACCAGCUCGUGCUUGCUGCAGAUGCAUUGCCGGGUCACCUGUUCGACUUCUACCGGUAUGUGGCGGACUCGACGUGGCUGGGAGGCUCAUACGAGUACAGCGAGUUGAACGAAGCUGCGCCGUACUGGUUCAACUAUAUCGUGCCCUUGGCGUACACGCUGGAUGAUGCCCGGUUGAAGAUGCAGGCCAAAGCAUUUUUGGAUUAUACGCUAGAGCACCAGGCCGAGGAUGGCUGGCUGGGUCCGGAGGAGACGAGGCAGACACGGGGGAUCUGGGCGAGGAGUUUGCUCUUUUUUGCGCUGAUUCAAUAUGCCGAAGCUGACCCGUCCGAAACUGACCGAAUCGUCACCGCGAUGCACAGAUUCACGGCCCUUGCGCAUACCAUGCUGCAGAACAACUUUACUGGUUUGCUCCAAGACGAGCAGGAGGGCGACAACUUCGAUCCGUACAGGUUUGGCGUCUCGAGAACACACGAGCUCCCCCUUGCCCUGCAGUGGCUGUACGAGAACCAUCCUCGGGGUCAGGAGGGUAUCAUCUGGGAGACGAUGGAGCUGAUGUUUACGGGUGGGAAAAGAGGAGGGAGGGACUGGACCACGUUCUUUGUCGAGGGCGUCUUUCCCACGGUGGGCACGCCGGAUAUCAAGACGAGUGGCUUCACCCACGGUGUCAAUCUUGCGCAGGGGCUCCGGUAUCCAACUGUGCUCUACCGCAUGACAGGCGAUGCGGCUGUCCGGGGCCAGACUGAUAACGCGGUCCGGUGGACGGAGCAGUACCAAUCGACACGCGCAGGUAGUAUAACCGGCGACGAGCAUCUUGGUGGCACUAGUCCGCAGAGAGGAUCGGAAACAUGCAUGGCCGUGGAGAUGAUGUACUCCAUGGCUUAUCUAUACCGGAUGUACGGGGUCAACGAGUACGCUGACAUGGUAGAGCGGCCUGCAUUCAAUGCUCUCCCCGCCGCCAUAAGCCCCGAAUGGUGGGCACACCAAUACGUGCAGCAGACAAAUCAGCCCUGGUCGAAGAACCUCACCGACAAUCCCUUCUUCAACGUCGUCUCGUACGGAAGCUCCUUCGGCCUGGAGCCAAACUUUCCUUGCUGCACGGUCAACCACGCCCAGGGAUAUCCCAAGUAUACUGCCAAUUCGUAUGUCCGCCAGGGACCUAGCCAUAUCGUCCAUGCACUACUAGGGCCCACGACGUUGAACACGCGGGUCCGUGACGAGAAUGUGCGGAUCACCUGCGAAACAAACUAUCCGUUCGACGGGCAGUUUCGAUACACAAUCACCACUGAGACGUCGCUCGACUUCUCCGUGCGCAUCCCGGCCUGGACACUCAGUUCCAACCCCAACGGCAGUCCCAGGUCCAAGUACCGAGUCGGGAAGGGCGAAUGGCGCACCCUAUCUCCUACCCCAGACUCUCUUCAAAGCUUCAGGAUCCCCAGUGGAACUAAUAGAAUAACAAUCAAGGUAAAUCUGCACAUGGAACCCCGCGUCACCGAGCCCCGAAAUGGCACCGACUCCGUGGCCAUCUACUACGGGCCCCUCCUCUAUGCUCUCGAUCUGGAAUAUGCCAACCCGUCAUCACACUCCCCAUUGAACUGGACAGACCGCACUCCUCUUCCAGUCACCCAGGUGCUGUCACAGACUCGGGACUGGGUGCUGGAUGCGACGUCGGAAUGGCGAUACGCAAUCGACCCGGAUUCCGUGACCGUAGAGCGCUUGCAUGAGGUUGGCAGGGCUCUCUUGAACCCCGUCUGGGCUCGCGAGGCCACACCAGUGGCUCUGUGGGUGGAUGCUUGGGUAAUUGACUGGCAGGAGGAGCUGGGUACGGCAGCGCUUCCGCCAGUGAAUCCGGUGGUGAGCGGGGAGCCGACGAGGGUCAGGUUGAUUCCGUAUGGAGCGGCGAAGCUGCAUAUUGCGGAGUUUCCGGUGGCGAGCAGACAAGAGUAG